UCUCCCAACGCUCACACACAAACCCCAAGCCCCGAGAGCCAAGAAACAAUCUCAACUCCAAGAUUCAGCAUUCUCAAGCCUUUAGAUUUCUCUCCCAUUACUUUGUCAUGGCUCCAGAGCUCCUCGUAGCUGCUGCAAAACCCGCCGGGUGCAUCAAACCUGCUACCCUGCCAAGCCGGGCCUACGUGACUUUCUUGGCCGGCAACGGGGACUACGUGAAGGGCGUCGUCGGGCUGGCCAAAGGAUUGAGGAAGGCCGAAACGGCGUACCCGUUGGUCGUCGCGGUGCUUCCCGACGUGCCCGAGGAGCACCGUCGGAUCUUGGUGUCUCAGGGCUGCAUAGUCCGAGAAAUUGAGCCCGUUUACCCGCCCGAGAACCAGACCCAGUUCGCCAUGGCCUACUACGUCAUCAACUACUCCAAACUCCGUAUAUGGGAGUUCGUAGAAUACAGUAAAAUGAUAUACUUGGAUGGAGACAUCCAGGUGUUUGAGAACAUCGACCACCUUUUUGAUUUGCCGGACGGGCAUUUCUACGCGGUGAAGGACUGCUUCUGUGAGAAAACAUGGAGUCACACCCCGCAAUACAAGAUCGGGUACUGCCAGCAGUGCCCUGAAAAGGUCAAGUGGCCCACGGAUCAGUUGGGCCUACCGCCUCCUUCCCUUUACUUCAACGCCGGAAUGUUUGUGUUCGAGCCCAGUUUGUCCACCUAUGAGGACCUCUUGAAGACCCUGAAACUCACAACCCCAACCCCAUUUGCUGAGCAGGACUUCUUGAACAUAUUCUUUAAAGAUAUUUACAAGCCCAUCCCGCUCGUUUACAAUCUUGUGCUUGCUAUGUUGUGGAGACACCCGGAGAAUGUGGAGCUCGAGAAAGUUAAAGUUGUUCACUACUGUGCAGCAGGAUCAAAGCCAUGGAGAUAUACGGGGAAAGAAGAGAACAUGCAGAGAGAGGACAUCAAGAUGCUUGUGAAGAAGUGGUGGGAUAUUUACAACGAUGAAUCAUUGGACUACAUGAAGCCGACCGCGGCUACCAACGGUGAGGCAGAUCCAGUGAAUAUCCAUCCCUUCUUGGCUGCUUUUUCCGAGGCCGGUGCCGUUCAGUAUGUGACAGCACCAUCAGCGGCUUAGAGUCGGAUCUCGGGAUUAAUCAUGUGCACCAUACUGUAAAAUGAACUCAUAAUCAGCCAGGAGUAAAGGGCGAAUCAACAAAUGGGAAUUACCUUUGGAUUUUGUGUUCAUGUCUUUUCACUCUCUUUUAUUUUUUCCUUUUGCUUGAUCGGGGUUGAAGUCAUUUCCCAGACUCUGAAGGGGGUUUCGGCUUUUGGAUCCGUUCAUGGUGUGAUUAGAAAAUAAAUACUCUUUUUAAAUUA